AUGCAGGCUCCACGCAUCGCUAGCCGCCUGAGAGGGCUGGCUCUGACCGAAUUGCCUCCUCCAUACCUUGCGCCAUCGCUCCAUCGCUCCGUGACCUUGUCGCCGGUCCAAUCUUCCAGCUUUUCUUCCACUUCCCCCGUCGGCGGCCGCAAUCCUCGACGCGACAGAAGCAAAAACCGCGGUGUGUCAGCCAUCCACCGAACCGGACCCCGCUACCCGCUGGUCGCAUCACGAUGGCCAUUGCCCAAGCCCGUCUCACCGGAAGCCCUGCAGCGCCGGGAAACGAAUCCCAACCACGGAUUGUGGGCCUUCUUCCCUCCUACCCGAGAGUCACUACCACUCCCAGAGUAUGAUAACGCACACGGUCGUUCAUGGGGCAUCCAAGAACUUCGCGAACGAAGCUGGGAGGAUCUGCACGCCUUGUGGCAUGUCUGCGUCCGAGAGCGCAACCGUAUUAUGACAUCUGACCUGGAGCGAACCCGUGUCCGGGCCGGUUACGGUGACUACGAGUCUCAGGAGCGUGACAAGGUGAUCAAGAGCACCAUGAAGAACAUGAAGCACGUUCUCCGUGAACGCUGGUACGCCUACGAGGACGCUACACGUCUGUACGAAAGCGGAUACCGUCCUGAGAACUUCUAUGGGUUCGAAGUCGAGGAGCCCGAGCUGAAGGAGCCUGAGGUCGAGGCUGAGGCCAAGCAAGCUGAGGUCAAGGAAGCUGGAGCUCAAUAA